CUGUUUGUCCUCUGAGCCAGCUGGGUAACGCAAGACCUUUAAACACAGAGACAAACAUUGCCGCCGCACGACGACGGAUCCUUUCCUUUGAGGGCUAAAAAAAUAAUAAUUUUUGGUGUCAGUCUCCCUUUCCGGAGACUCGAAUGAGCUGUAACCCAAGAUGCCUCUAAAUAACGAGCGACCCGCCUCCACGUCCAGCGGUGAGGACCACGGCAGUGAUGGCGAGUCUUCAUCGAAGCGCUGCGACAGCAUGAUGUCGACCAGCGACCUGGACUGUUCCCGCGAAAGCUUCACCAGCGACUGCUCCAGCAAGCAUUGCACGCCGUCCUCAAGCCCACCCAAAGUCUUAACCCUGGAUGAAGUCAUGGAGUCUGCCAGAGACCUGUUUCACCUCAGCUUAGCCCAUGAGAUCACUGUGAACGGCAACUUCCACAUGGAGCCUGCCAGCAUACCUCAGGACAGUAUAUGGAAGUUAGUUAGAGAUAAUGUCCACAAGGCCUUCUGGGAUAUCCUGGCGUCCGAGCUGAACGACGACCCACCUGAGUAUGGGCAAGCCAUCAGAUUAUUGGAGGAGAUCAGAGAGAUCUUACUGUCAUUCCUUAAUCCGGGUGCCAAUCGGAUGCGGACCCAGAUCAUGGAGGUGCUGGACAUGGACCUGAUUCGUCAGCAGGCUGACAAUGAUGCUGUAGACAUCCAGGGGCUUGCCUCUUAUGUUAUCACCACCAUGGGCAAGUUGUGUGCACCAGUUAGGAAUGAGGAAAUCAAGAAGCUCCGGGAAAGCACGGAUAACAUCGUGGCACUGUUCAGGGAGAUCUUCCGUGUGCUGGACCUGAUGAAGGCGGACUUGGUCAACUUUACAAUUGAAAAUCUGAGGCCUGUGCUGCAGACCCAGAGUGUUGAAUAUGAGAGGGCAAAGUUUCAGAGCAUCCUGGACAAAACACCUAGUGCUUUGGACCACACCACCUCGUGGAUCAAGUCGGCGCUGGAGGAGCUGCUGUCGGCCACCGUCUCCACAGAGCAGACUACAGGUCAGGGGAAACAACAGCGAGCAAUGCCUGGGCCCUUUCAGAUCCUUAACACUGCCUUCGUCGGCAUCCUCACAUGGGAUAACGAAAGGAGUCCGCUGCCUGAGACCUUGGUGACUGAUGAGGGCCGUCUGCGAGAGAUUCAGUGGCAGCUCCAGAGGUGUCAGGCAGUGAACGAGGUGCUGCUCAUUGUCUGCAGCACCAUCGGAGGGCCUAUCCAGGGUCUGCCCUCGCUGUCUGACCGUCUGAAGAGGAUGACCAGUGUGCUGCUGGAUGGGAUGCACAGCCCGAACUUUAACCUAGAAAAGGCACUAGAGGGCGUCAGUGCUCAGAUCUGCUGUGAACUCAACAAGUCUUUAACAGAGAGGAGCUACCCUGCACUGACCCCAGAACUGCAGGCCACCCUUAGAGGCCAGAUCUGCAGCAUCACUCAGAAAGACAAUCCCAUCCGUACUCUCGUUGAGGACCGUGUGCAGCAAUACUUCAUGGCGCUCAUCUGUGAUCCCAAACCCAAGGUCAAACUUGAACAGGUGCCAGCCGGCCUGACUGCCAUCAAACCUGAAUUAGCACUGAUGGGAUCUAAGUUUAUCUCCCUGGUCAACUACAACAGGACAGUCUAUGGACCUUUCUACGCCAGUAUCAUCAGGAAGCUGAUGUUCAGCGACAGCACACCAGCAGCAAGCCCUCCUCAGGACACCGCUCACGAAUCCGUCACCUCCAAUUAAAACCAAACUUCGGCUCAUUUAGUCCAAGGAGUCCUUUUUGUCAUGAGACAUAGCUAAAGCUGAGGAGGUACUACAGUAGCCAGGCAGUGCAACUGCUUUGCUAAGUCAGUGUGCUCCAAUGGUUGGAGUUAUCUUUACCGUAUUAUAAAUGUAAUUUUUAUCACUACGUUUAGCAGUGAAGGCACCUUGUGGUCAACAUUUAAUGUGACCUGCGUCCUUUGUGGUAAAUGCUCCAAAAUGCUGUCCUGUGAACAUUUACAGCUUCAAAACCGUAAAAACCAGUGUUACAACGAGCCGUUUCUAAACCUAACAGUGAUCCCUGUAUUGUACAUUUGUCUGCAGUCAAACUCCUGUUGUCGUGGAGGGAAUCCGCAUGGGGGAAAAGGGCAAAACCUUAGUAUGUCUAAAAAGGAUACAGUAAGCUUUAUGAAGCGAAGAGGAAGAAGCGUAUAUAUUUAGAAAAGUAGCAGUGUAGCAUAUUAGAUUCUUUACAUAUAACAAGUUAUUUAUCAC